AUGACGCCGAACAAUUCUGUAUCGCAGAGCUACGACCGCGGCUGGUCCUCUGGACGGUCGUUCUUCAGCGUGAGCACCGAUGAAGGUGGCGACCAGGAGGCGGCGCCGAGCCGGGCCGACAGGGGCGCCGCCAGCGUCCGAUCCCAGGGCUCGUCCUCCAAGCAGCGCUGGAGCAGCCUCUUCGGGAACUCCAAGGACACGAAGAUGGAGGCGCUGGUGGAGCAGCUGAAGCAGUACUCGGAGAGUGGCAUUCCCAGGCACGUCCGCGCAGAUCCAGAUGAGUACGAGACCCACCGUGAGGAGCUGGAGCAGAUGGGCAAAGGCGACUGGCGGGAGCUGCUGUGCGGGGGCGGCGCCGAGCUGACGGAGCGCCGGCGCCAGCAGCAGGCGGCGCUGUGGGAGCUGCUGGCCACCGAGGCCGCCUACGUCCAGGUCGUCCACGUCGUCACCAGGCUGUUCCUGGCGUGCCUGCGCUCCCUGCAGGGCUGCGGCCUGCUAGUCGAGGUGGACGCCGGCCGGCUCUUCUGCAACGUGGAGGCGGUCGCGGCCGCCAGCCUGCAGUUCUGGGUUCGACACCUGGCGCCCGCCGUCGCCAGCGCCCGGCACCGCUCGCUGCCGCUCGACCCGCUGCACCUCAGGGACGGCUUCCUCAGGUUCCACGAGAUCUUCCAGCCGUACACGCGCUACUGUGCGGAGCAGCUCAACUGCCAGGCCUACUGCCGGGAGAUGUGCCGCAAGGACGAGCUGUUCGCCGCCUACCUGGCCUGGUGUGAGGCGCAGCCAGCAUGCGGCCGCUUGAGGUUGGCAGACCUGCUGGUGAAGCCGAUGCAGCGCCUUACCAGAUACUCUCUGCUGCUCAGGGCGGUGCUCCGGCACACCGACGACGAGCACCAUGCCACCGCCCUCGCUCGGAUGAUAACGAGUGUUGACGAGUUCGUCAACAAUGUGAAUUCCUCACUGAAGACGAAACAGGACAACGAGAAGCUGAAGGCCCUCAUAGCGAGGAUCGAGUCCUACGAUGUCGUGGAGGCGGUCAAGGACGAAGAGCUGGAGCGGCUGGUGCGCGUGCACUCGCAGCUGGACCUGACGGGACCCAUGCCUGGUUGCCACGUCUCACAAUCCAGGCAGCUGCUUCUCGAGUCCGACCUCAAACUGCGCGAGGGCGCUGCCUCCAAGACGGACGUGCGGUGCGUGCUGGUGACGGACGCGCUGCUGGUGUGCAAGCCGGCCGGGAGGCGUCGCGGCUCGGCCUCCAGGGCGGGGGCGGCGUUGCGGGUGGUGCGGCCGCCCUACCUGGUGGAGCGGCUGCGCGUGGCAGAGCUCCCCUCCGGCCUGGGCGUCGCCGUCGUCUACCUGAGCGAGUGGCGCACCGCCGUGCACGCCUUCACCCUCUCCAGCAACGACCCCAGGACCGUACGGGUUUGGGUGGAGGCAGUGCAGCGCGCACAGGACCUGUACGCGACGGCACGGAUGGCCUGGUCUCCGGCGCCACAGCUGUCUUCCCCACUCGGGGCGGCGCCGCCCCUGCCUCUUUCCCACAUGGGGGUGGCACAGCAGCAGCAGAUGGGGGCGGCAGAGCCGCAGCCGGAGUGGCCAGGGGCGGCGACAGCAGCAGCAGCAGCGGGGGCGACAGCAGCAGCCGAGGCGAUGCCGCACAGCCCCCGACUGGAGUCCAGUAGGAGCAGCCGCCUCUCCAGCCUGGCACACUCCCACAGCAGCUCACUGGAGAUGAACGAGGCAUCUUCGCUGAGCAGCGCAUCCCAGUCGCAGUCUCGUGAGGCCAGCGUGGACAUCAACCGUGGCUCCAGUGUCAGCUCUGACGAGGGCCUGCUGAUGCCCCAUUCCACGACAGCCACUGGAGACUCCAGGCAGGCCACCUCACCCAGGACUGACAGGAGGUCCCGCCUGCUGUCGCCGACUCCCAGCUCGCUGUGCCUGCUGCAGCCACCCAGCUUCCAGUCGGGGCUGGGCCAGUCGCUGCCCAACCUGACCCUCAGCUCCAGCCGGGGCACAGACACGGUGCUGGCCUCGCGCAGCGUCACGCCCACGCCCAGGUCGUCGCCGGCUGCAGCUGGACCUGCCACCACCGGUGGCUCCCCAGUUCUGGGCCAGAGCCCACCGGCUUCACUCCUCCUGGUGCCCGGACAGGGCCACGGGGCCAUCCGGAAGCAGCGGCACGCCCAGCCACAGCACCUGCUCAGCCCCGGACACAGAGGUGUGUCUUAUCCACCGCCCAGUCCUUGCCGAGGGUCUCUGCAGCGCACAACGCCGGUGCCGCAGUCUCGGAACCCUCCGCUGGUGAAGACUGGUCACGUGGCCAGCGUGGGCAGUAUAGGGCUCCAGCACACGCCACCACCACCACAGCGAUUCUCUGAUCUCGAAGUGCCACUUAUAGCAGGGGUUUCACCGCCAAGUGACGAGAAGCCGUCCCCGGGGGAUUACCCUGCUGAAGAUGGCAGAGGACCGCCUCAACAGCUACUCCAGUCUCCAGGCGCUGGUCCCGUCGAUGUCGGUGUCACCAGCGCCGCUGAUGGUGGCAACGGCAAUGGCAAGAGAGCCGGUCGCACCGACAACCGGAGGUACAAGACUGCCGGGGCCAUAGACGACAUCAAGAAACAGGAGUCGCGCGACUGCAGCAUCCACAAGCGGCUGUCCUGGAACUGCGGCCGCCAGCAGCAGCAGCCGGGGGCGGCGGGGGCGGCUGCGGUCGUGGGGGUGGGCAGCGGGGGCGGCAGCCAGGAGAGCGUGCGCUCGUCCAGCGGCGUCAGCUCCGGGGGCAGCGCCGGCUGCCUGCUGCCACAAGGUACGCUUGCCUGA